AAGAGAGCGCCUAUUCUUUUGUUAAUCGGUUGCCCUUUUUCAUGCCAUACAAACUAUGCAUUCAAAGAACAAUAACAGACGACCGACCUACCAUCGCCCCCACAAAACCGCGCCCUGGACGGAUCGACCUAACUGGAAAGAGAGAGAGAGAACAACUCAGAGACACAGGAGGCCUUAACCCUAAUCCUAAUCCUAACCCAAUAACAGCAAAAUAAAAGGGCGCAGGGCUCAAAGAGAGCAUCACCAAUUUCUCUUUUUUUUUUUUUCUGACUCCCUCAACUUGUUUUCUUCUCUCUUUUUGGCUAGCUCUCUGCAAGCCUUUCCCCCCAAACUUACCUGCGAGAACUCCGUCCCUGGGGAUUGUGAAUGGUGGAAGCCGUCGGUAAUUUAAUGCUUUUCGCUUCUCCUGCGAGGGCAACCGCGCGUAUCCCAUCCGCGCAGUUCUCCUCCUCUGUCUCGAACGACUCCGCUCUCUUCCUUCACCAGAUCCUCGCUUUCUCCUUCGGCUCCUGCAAGGAAGGCUGGUACUACCGCUGCCUCGGCGUUGAUCCCUGAACCAGUUGCCUCUUCCCACCACCCACCGGCCACCACCUUCUCCCAUCUUUCCUCCUUUUUUUUUCUGAUUAUUUCGAUUGAUCGAUUUCGUUGAUUGUUGUUUCAUCCUUUUUCAUCAUUCGAUAAGAGAAAUCAGUAAAAAAUACAAAGAUAUUAAAAACAUGUUGCUACAGAAGCCGAAGAAGAACGCCAAGGGCAACCGCCUCUUGAUCAGCGUUAACGUUCUCGGCAGCGCCGGGCCUCUCCGGUUCCUCGUUAAUGAUGAAGAGCUUGUUGCCGCGGUUAUCGACACCGCCCUCAAAUCCUACGCUCGUGAGGGCCGGCUCCCUGUUCUCGGAUCAGAUCUCAACAACUUCCUCCUGUACUCCGCCAAUGCCGGCACAGAUGCUUUGAGUCCCUGGGAAACGAUUGGAUCUCGCGGUGGAAGAAACUUCGUGCUAUGCAAGAAGCCGCAGGCGCAGCCACAGCAGCCCCAGCAGCCCCAGCCCCAGUUGCAGACGACGAACGGAGACGGGCAAUUGACCAUGAUAGCAAGAAAGGGGAGCGGCAGCUGGAAGGCAUGGCUUAACAAGUCCCUGAAUCUGAAGAUAUCUUCUCAUUGAAUUGAACUGAACUCAAUUGGUCUCUAGAAAGGGAAAAAAAACUUGUUUUUUAUCUAGUAAGGUCAGUCUUUGACUCUUUGUUUCUGGGUUUCAUUCAGCUGUUUAGGGGUUCCAUUGGACUAAGAUCACCCUUGAUUGUUAUGUUCCGAUUUCCUUUCGUCUGUUUGGUUCUUGGGCAGAGAACAAGACUGAUCUCCAUGCCCAUGAAUAAAAGUUCUAUGCUUUUCAGAGAUUGAAUAAAGAUAGAGAUCAUUUUAUUCUGCAAA